UCGGUAAAAAUAUCGUUAGUUAAAUUUUGACCAUGGCAGAUAAAGUAGCUGUUGUGACAGGCUCAAAUAAAGGCAUAGGAUUUGGUAUAGUGAGAGCAUUGUGCAAACGUGGCAUAGGAAAUGUUUAUUUAACAGCAAGAAAUGUACAGAGGGGAAAAGAAGCUAUUGCAAUAUUAAGUAAAGAAGGUUAUAAGCCACUUUUUUACCAACUCGAUGUCACAGAUGAGCAAAGUGUUAAAUCAUUCGCAGAACAUCUCAAACAAAAUCAUGCAGGCUUGGAUAUCCUUAUUAACAACGCUGCUAUCGCUACAGCAAAUUUCACAGAAACAACUUAUGAAGAUUCAGUACAAGUGCUUAAUGCUAACUACUACAGUAUACUUACUAUUCAAAAGUAUAUAUUUCCGUUAUUGAAGAACAACGCUCGAGUUGUAAAUAUAUCAAGUAAUUGUGGUCAUAUUACUAAUUUAAAAAAUACCUACUGGAUCAAUCGACUGACAAAAGAUGAUAUUAAUCAAGAAGAUAUAGAUGCAUUCGUGGUUUGGUUUUUAAAUUCAGUUAAAGAUGGAACUCUUAAGGAAGAAGAUUUUCAAGAAAUGCCUCUUUUGGCAUACAGAAUAUCUAAAAUUGCUGUAUGUGCUUUAACAAGACUUCAACAAAAGGAAGUUGAACGUGACAUAUCAGUAAAUUCCUUACAUCCAGGUUUCGUGAAGACUGAUAUGGUGAAGACCGUUGGUGACUUAACUAUAGAUGAAGCUAGUGAUGCUCCUGUUUACUUAGCUCUGAAUAUUGAUCAAUCUGUCAAAGGAAAAUACUUCUGGUUUGAUAAAACUGAAAAAGAUUGGGCAGACACGAAUGCGCAAAAUCUAUAUUGCCCCUAUGCACUACUUAAAAGAUAUUUAGAAGAAUCAAAAGAGAAUUUACAAAGAAUCAAAAAAUCAAAAGGAUCAAGAAAAUUAAUCAGCAUAAAACUCACAAAACGUCAAAACGCACAUCAGUUAAGUUGUCAACAUGACAGAUAAAGUUGCAGUCGUAACAGGCUCAAACAAAGGCAUUGGUUUUGGUAUAGUCAGAGAAUUAUGCAAACGUGGUUUAAAAUAUGUUUAUUUAACGGCAAGAGAUGUCAAAAGAGGAAAUGAAGCUAUUGAAAAAUUGAACAAAGAAGGUUAUAAGCCACUUUUUCACCAACUCGAUGUCACAGAUGAGUUAAGCGUAAAAUCAUUCGCUGAACACCUCCAACAAAGGCAUGGAGGCUUGGAUAUCCUUAUUAACAACGCUGCUAUAAUUACAGCCAAUUUUACAGAGACUACUUAUGAAGAUUCUGUUCGUGUACUUGAUGCUAACUACUACAGUAUUUUGAUUAUUCAAAUGUAUAUAUUUCCAAUUUUGAAGGAUAACGCCCGAGUUAUAAAUAUGUCAAGUGAUAGUGGCCAUAUUUCGUGUUUAGAAAACAAUUAUUGGAUUGAUCGACUUACAAAUGAAAAUAUUAAAAAAGAAGAUAUAGAGGCAUUCGUGAUUUGGUUUCUGGACUCUGUGAAGAAUGGAACUCUCAAAGAAGAUGAUUUUCAGGAAAUGCCUCUUUUAGCAUACAAAAUAUCUAAAAUCGCUGUAAGUGCUUUAACAAGAGUUCAACAAAAGGAAGUUGGACGUAACAUAUCAGUAAAUUCAUUAAAUCCUGGUUUCGUGAAGACAGAUAUGACAAAGAAAGCUGGUUAUUUAACUAUAGAAGAAGCUAGUGAUGCUCCUGUAUACUUAGCUCUAGACAUUGAUCAAUCCGUGAAAGGGAAAUACUUUUGGUACGAUAAAACAGAAAAAGAUUGGGCAGAUGCAGAUCAAAAGUUACAUGACGUCUAUGAAGAAUUCGAUAAAUGUUUAAGAGAAGUGAAUGCAGAAUAAACAGAAAGCAAUGAAUAAAAAACAAUAAAAAUUGUAAUAAAAGAUUCAAUUACUAGAAGUGUAUCACUUUAUUAUGUACUCUAUAAGUUACAUAUUACAUAAAUACUGCAUGCGUAUUUUUUAAUUACAUUUGUAUCUUUUGCCUAUAUCAUUUUAACUACGAAGUUAUUGUAUACCUAUGUUAUAAAAUGUAUGAUAAUAAAUAUUUACAAUA